AGGGGCUAACUCAGCUCAAGAAAACAACAAUUAGAUACUAUUUUUGUAUUCUUCUCGGUGUUGAAAUGUGCUUUCAUUUGGAUUCGAUUGAAUUCACACCAUCUGCAAUGAGUACUGAGAUCAAUAACCGCUUUUUAGAACAGCAAGCGAGCUAGCUAGCUAGAAUUAGCCCUGCUAGAGCCGCUUGUGGUUGCUUAGCUACGUAGAAGCCGCGAGCGUUGCUAGCUGGUAGCCUAGCCGCUUGUCAGAAGGACACACAGAACAAGGUCUUCAGAAACAACAAUUGGCACAGCAGUGACCUUAGCAUAAAUUAUUCAUAUAAGACAAAGCCAUAGAGAUAUAAACAAGUUCAGUGAGAGACGGGCAAUAAGUUUGGAUAAGUUUCGUUCACGUCCUGACUAAACUUGCAGCCAAUUAAAGUGAAAAGUAUAUGCCAUCUUGAAUACCAAGAAUAUAACAAAGCUCUAUCUCCACUCUCCCCAUUUUAUCUCUUCCUAUUCUACCCCUCCAUUUGUCCCUGUAGCGAGCACCUGAGUGACCCUGUUACACUGGCGCUUGGAGGCAGGCAGGGCGGUCGCCGGCUUCGGUAUCGCCCCUUCUUAUCUGCCUUCAGUAGACCAAAUAGCCCUGACAGACUAUCAGCGCUCACAAUGAGAUUGUUUCGCGGAAACACCAACAGCAGCAGAUGUUCUCAUACUCAGUAUUCACCCAGAGGGGACGGAGAUAGGAGAGCAGAGAAAGAGAUGCAAAGAGCAGACAAGGUCACAGUUCCCGUGGACUGUCUUUGAAAGCGAAGACUCUGGUUACACUCCUCCUUCAGAUGGCGUUCUGCCUGGCUGAGCUGCACUUAUGGUCCACGAAGAACUCGCUCCAAGUUAAAGCGAGAUGCUCAUCUCCCUUCCUUCUCCUCCUUCUCUCUCUCCCUUCAGAUACAGAUAUUGGCACCUAUCAGUACUACGAUAAAGGAGAGCCAGCCAAUCCCCUGGAGCAUCACUACUACAAUGAGAAACUCCAGUACUGUGAAGCUCGAGGCUAUUCGCGGACCCUCAAGAACAGCCGGCCAGAGAAGCUGCGCGACUCGCUGAAGGAGUUGGAGGAGCUGCUGCAGAGCAACACCUGCGUUCACACCAGAUGGAGAAGCAAGUACUGCUGCCAGAUGAUGUUGAGCAAUGGUGUGCUGGCGACUGUCACCCUAAAAGGACCUCAACUCGAUCAAGUAUGUGUAGACCGCACGUUAGUGGGUCGACUUCCUGCCAACACUGUGACUGAUGCGGUGCUGAGCGAUCGGCUGGUUCUGCUGUCCUUCCUGGAGCAGAGCCAGGUCGCCGGCAUCUACCUGAACAAGAAGAGCCAGGAUUCCCUGGAGCCUGGCAGGCGAACAGACAAACUCUCAUCUUCUGAAAUCAAGGUGAUGUGUGUGGAGGUGGGCGGGCCGGGUGGAGGACUUCGCAGGCGCGUAGCUCUCAGCCGUCUCCAGGAUGUGGCGCUCUGCUGGUGGACGCUGGACGAGCUCAGCGAGGGGAUGUGGCCGUGGACUCCCGCAGACACGCACAAAAACAAUCUGUUCCUGAUAAGCUGUUCACCUACUGAAGGACUCAAGGUCCUUUGCUCUGUCCGGACGACAGGCAACCCCCUGGACUGCUGCUUCAGCCAUCUUCAGCACUACCAGAUGCUGACAGUGGAGUUACCCACAGGACCUCAAGGACUGUCCGCUGUUACCUGUGUGUAUGAAUGUGCACGAGGGCGCCUGCACCGCACAUCCAUCACUUCCAUCCCUCUGCCAUCACUUCCUCUCUCCUGCUCUCGUCACCCAUGUGAGACCACUCUCCUCCUAGGCUUGAGGGACUCCUCCUUAGUGCUCUACGACCAGAGACGGGCGGUGUCGGUCUUGGCCUCCUGCCCUGUACCUCCCUCGUACAUGGCCUGGCACCCUGCGGGGGCUGUUGCCAUUAUGGUGGGGGGACAGGAGGAAGUGAUGUGCUUUGAUGUGGGCUUGGCACCUUUAAACAUGGCUCUGGUAGCAGAAGAAGCCGCUCCAGCAGCUACCUUGAGACUAACUCAGCACCUGAACUGCUCUGGAGGACUGGCUGGACUGCAGUGGGGAGCUGGUUUGGAUGGUGGACCUGAGGGGACAGAUACGCUGACUUUGGUCUUUAAUGGAGGACCAUUAGCUGCCUUGAAAUUCAGACUAGGAGCUCUAACUGGAGGCCAGCUGGGCCAUGUGGAGUUGUUGCAGCAGCGGCUCCGUUGCGGUCAGGUCAGAGAGGCCCUGGGCAUCCUGGAGGCCAUGGACUGGAGCACCAUGGGGGACAAGAGCUACCAAGGCCUGAGCUCUGUGACCAACCACCUGCUGAGACUGCCGCUCAACGCAGACAGGGAAGCCCAGCUGGAAGCGGCCCUGCGGGUGUUUUACGCCCCAGCUGCCCCUCUGUCCGAUACAGCGAUAUUGGAGUACAGGGAGCCGGUCACCAAGUAUGCUCGCCGCCUUUUUCACCACCUCCUCAGGCAUCAGCGUUUUGAGAAGGCCUUCCUCCUCGCUGUUGACUUGGAAGCUCGAGAUUUGUUCAUGGACCUCCAUUAUGUCGCCGGUGAUAAGGGCGAGGUGGUGCUCGCGGACGUGGCCAAGAGGAAAGCUAAUGAAAUCGAAGCCCGGGCCAUCGCAGGCGACGGUGUUCUUCAGAGAGGCACCAGUGCUGCUUGUGGUUCCAGCUUGAGUCACAGAGAACCAGAUGGGGACCCGAAGGGGACAGGUCCCUUCUCCUCAGACAACCCUCCAACAAAAGCCGAUGAACGGACCAGACUAAGGAGACCAGAGUCCGUCCAUGUGGCGGUCAGUCCAGAUCUGCUCAGAACGCUGAGACAGACAGGAAGCAGUGGCGGCAACAGAGAAGGAGGGAACGAUGACGAAGACCCCGGGAUGCUCCAUGUAGUUCAUUUAGGAAUGGUUUGAAAAAAAAAAGGAUUUUAUUCCCAAAAGGCGACAACAUACUAUUAUAUUCUCCUUAUGUAUCCCAAUAGAUGCAUGUUUUUAUUUGCAAAGAAGGAUGCUUAUCUGAAAUGUUAUUCAUGCAAAACGGAAUGUGCGCAAUUAAAACAUAUUCAGUUGAUCAAAUACAUUUUUGUAGAGCGUCUAACAAAACAUGGACAGUUUUUCUGUUACAAGUACAUCAAAACCUGCCACUCAGCAACC